GAGACGAAGAUGGCGGCGGCGGUGACGACGCUACCCGUGCGGCCGAAGACGGUCAGCCAGUGAGCGCCGAGACUGGUUCCACUCGAGUGGGGGGGAACGCCUGGCCCAGCCCUGCUCCCCGGGCCGCGGAGCUUGCGGUCGCACCCCCGUGUGAACCGACCUUUCCUUUCUACCCCGACCCCCUGCCUGUCUUCCCCCAGCCUUCCCCGCAGAAGCUAUGGAGGACGAAGAGAGACAGAAGAAGCUGGAGGCUGGCAAAGCCAAGCUUGCCCAGUUUCGACAAAGGAAAGCUCAAUCUGAUGGGCAGAAUCCUAAGAAGCAGAAAAAAAAGAGGAAAACUUCAAGUAGUAAACAUGACAUGUCAGCAUACCAUGCUGUGAAUAUUGAGCAAUCACAGAGUGAUGAGAUGUGCACAAAUAGUUCUCAGAGAUUAGGAUCAGCUGUGACUCCUGAAUCCACAAUAAUGAGAACUCUACACAGUGGAGAAAUAGUUAAACAUGACCAGGUCUUCUCUGUUGAACUGGAAAGUGAAAUUUCAACCACAGCAGAUGAUUACAGUUCAGAGGUAAAUGGUUGCAGUUUUGUGGCGAGAACAGGAAAGCCUACAAAUUUAUUAAGGGAAGAAGAAUUUGGUGUUGAUGAUUCUUAUUCUGAACAUGGAGCACAGUACAAUCAGACCCACCUAGAGAUGAUGGAAAAUGAAUUGGCUGGGAAACAACAUGAGAUUGAAGAGCUAAACAGAGAACUAGAAGAAAUGAGGGCCACCUGUGGGACUGAAGGACUGAAGCAGUUGCAAGAAUUUGAAGCUGCCAUUAAACAGAGAGAUGGCAUCAUAACCCAACUCACUGCUAAUUUACAACAAGCGAGAAGAGAAAAGGAUGAGACAAUGAGAGAAUUUUUAGAGUUGACAGAACAGAGUCAAAAAUUACAGAUUCAAUUUCAGCAUUUACAGGCUAGUGAAACUCUGAGAAACAGCACUCAUAGUAGCACAGCUGCAGAUUUACUACAAGCCAAACAACAGAUCCUCACUCAUCAGCAACAGCUGGAAGAACAAGACCAUCUGUUAGAAGAUUAUCACAAAAAGAAAGAACACUUCAAAAUGCAAAUUAGUUUCUUGCAAGAGAAAAUUAAAGCAUAUGAAAUGGAACAGGAUAAAAAAGUAGAAAGCUCAAAUAAAGAAAUACAGGAAAAGGAAGCAGUCAUUGAAGAAUUAAAUACAAAAAUAAUAGAAGAAGAAAAAAAAACUCUUGAGCUAAAGGAUAAAGUCACAACUGCUGAUAAAUUACUGGAAGAAUUACAAGAACAGGUUGUACAAAAGAACCAAGAGAUAAAAAAUAUGAAAUUAGAAGUGACUAAUUCCAAGCAAAAGGAAAGACAGUGUUCUGAGGAAAUAAAACAAUUAAUGGGGACAGUUGAAGAACUUCAGAAGAAAAAUCAUAAAGAUAGUCAGUUUGAAACUGAUAUUCUACAAAGAAUGGAACAAGAAACACAAAGAAAGUUAGAACAACUCCGGGCAGAGCUGGAUGAGAUGUAUGGGCAGCAGAUAGUACAGAUGAAACAAGAAUUAAUAAAACAACACAUGUCACAGAUAGAUGAACUUAAAACACAACAUAAGGGAGAAAUGGAGAAUGCUUUAAGAUCAUGUCCAAAUAUUACAGUUAAUGAAGAUCAAAUAAAGUUAAUGAAUAUGGCAAUAAAUGAACUGAAUAUAAAAUUGCAAGAUACUAACUCUCAAAAGGAAAAACUCAAGGAAGAACUAGGAAUAAUUUCAGGAGAAAAGUCUGUUCUACAGAGACAGCUUGAAGACCUUUUUGAAGAAUUGAGCUUUUCGAGGGACCAAAUUCAGAGGGCUAGACAGACUAUAGCUGAACAAGAAAGUAAACUCAAUGAAGCACACAAGUCCCUUAGUACAGUGAAAGAUUUGAAAGCGGAGAUUAUUUCUGCAUCUGAAUCCAGGAAGGAACUAGAAUUAAAACAUGAAGCAGAAGUUACACAUUAUAAGAUAAAGCUUGAAAUGUUAGAAAGAGAAAAAAAUGCUGUAUUAGACAGAAUGGCUGAAUCACAAGAAGCUGAGCUAGAGAGGCUGAGGACACAGCUCCUGUUUAGUCAUGAAGAAGAACUUUCCAAACUGAAGGAAGAUUUGGAAAUUGAACAUCAAAUAAAUAUUGAAAAGCUUAAAGAUAACUUAGGCAUUCACUAUAAACAGCAGAUAGAUGGCUUACAGAAUGAAAUGAGCCAAAAGAUAGAAACCAUGCAGUUUGAAAAAGACAAUUUGAUAACUAAGCAGAACCAGUUAAUUUUGGAAAUUUCAAAGCUGAAAGAUUUACAGCAAUCCCUUGUGAAUUCAAAAUCAGAAGAAAUGACCCUUCAUAUCAAUGAACUUCAAAAAGAAAUUGAAAUACUCAGACAAGAAGAAAAGGAAAAGGGUACACUUGAACAAGAAGUUCAAGAAUUACAACUUAAAACUGAAUUAUUGGAGAAACAAAUGAAGGAAAAAGAGGAUGACCUUCAAGAAAAAUUUGUACAACUUGAAGCAGAGAAUAGCAUUCUUAAAGAUGAAAAGAAGGCCCUUGAAGACAUGUUGAAAAUAUAUACUCCUAUUAACCAAGAAGAAAGAUUAAUUUUCAUAGACUCCAUUAAGUACAGAUCCAAAGACUGUAGCUGGCAAAAAGAAAUAGAAAUACUUACAGAGGAAAAUGAGAACCUCAAAAAACAAUAUAUUCAGCUAACUGAAGAGAUUGAAAAGCAAAGGAACACUUUUUCAUUUGCUGAAAAAAAUUUUGAAGUUAAUUAUCAAGAGUUACAGGAGGAUUAUGCUUGCCUUCUCAAGGUAAAAACAGAUUUAGAAGACAGUAAAAAUAAACAAGAAGUUGAAUAUAAAAGUAAGCUUAAAGCACUUAGUGAAGAGCUUCAUCAUUUGCAAAGAAUAAACCCAACUAUAGUGAAAAUAAAAAGUUCAGUCUUUGAUGAUGACAAAACUUUUACAGCAGAACCAUUGGAAAUUGGUGAGGUUGUUGAGAAAGAUACAACAGAACUUAUGGAAAAGCUUGAGGUAACCAAGCGAGAAAAAUUAGAACUGUCAGAGAGACUGUCUGAUCUUUCUGAACAAUUAAAACAGAAACAUAGCGAGAUUAGUUUUCUAAGGGAAGAAGUUAAAUCUUUAAAGCAAGAAAAAGAGCAAGUUUUAUUGAGAUGUAGAGAGCUAGAAAUCAUAAUUAACCAUAAUAGGACAGAAGAUGUAAACGUGUGUGCCGUCCAUUUAAGCUCUUUAAAAGAUGGAGUUUUGACAAGCAGGGAUUCUGGAGGGUGUGUUCCUAAAAUAAGUAAAGAUUUUGGUGAAGAAUCAAAAAUAAUGGAGUUAAAUAAAAUUCCUUUUGAAAAUAUGACUCUUGGAAAAGAAAACAAGCAAGAAUGGUUUUUUGAUCACUUGCCUCAGGAGCUCAGUGUACUUAAAUCAGAACAGAAUGAUUUAAGGCUACAGAUGGAAGCUCAACGUAUUUGCCUCUCUCUGGUUUAUUCAACUCAUGUGGAUCAGGUUCGUGAAUAUAUGAAAAAGGAAAAAGAUAAAGCUCUUUGCAGUCUUAAGCAGGAGCUUAUUUCUGCUCAAGAGGAUAAGAUCAAGGAACUUCAGAAAAUACACCAGCUAGAGCUACAGAAUAUAAAAACACAAGAAACAGGUGAUGAAGUGAAACCUUUACAAAUGCUCAUUGGAAAACUUCACAGGGCAGUGUCUGAAGAAUGUUCUCAUUUUACACAGACUUUUUGCAGUGUCAUUGGUGAACAUUAUACUUCUGCUUUAAAACGUGAAGUAAAUGUAGAAGAGAAAGAGAAAGAGACUUCUGGUGCUCACACUUCUGAAAGUCAAGAGCUAGAACUGCAAGGUUAUAAAUAUGAAGUUCAAGAUUUUCAGGAAAAUGUGCAAACUCUUCUCAACAAAGUAACAGAAGAAUACAACAAACUCUUGGUACUUCAGUCACGAUUAAGUAAGAUUCAAGGACAGCAGACAGGUGAUGUGAAACUUGAAUUUUCAGAAGAAAACCUACCAAAAGAGGAAACAGACUUUUUGUCAACCCAUCCCCAGAUGACAAAUUUUCAAGACUCUGAUGUUUGUCAUAAAAGAAAGUUAUCUGCUCUGCAAGAUACUGAAAAAAUUAAACAACUUGGAGGACAAGUUCAAGAAUUAGAAAACCUCGUAUCCUCUUUGCAGCAGCAACUGAAAGAAACUGAAGAAAACUAUGGGGCAGAGAUUCAUUCUUUGCAGGAAAGGCUACAAGCUGUUAACGAGUUUACAGUUCAGCCAAGCUUUUCCAUUGAUUCAAUGGUAAUUACUGAAUCUGAUGUACAGAAAACAGUAUACCCUGGAAGUUGUCUAAAACAGAACAUCGGUGCAGCAGAGUUUUCUGGUGAAUUUGGAGUGAAACAGGAAACAAAUAUGGUUAAGUUGCUGGAAAAACAGUACCAAGAACGAUUAGAAGAAGAAGUAGCUAAGGUCAUUGUGUCAAUGAGUAUAGCAUUUGCUCAGCAAAGUGAACUAUCUAGAAUAUCUGGGGAAAAAGAAGAUGCUCCAUCUUCAAAACAAGCAUCUGCUCUCUGUCAGGAAGAACAUUAUUUAAAUGAAAUGAAAUUAUCACAAGGUCACUUUGGUUUUCAGACUCUCGAGGCAAGAGACAAGAAAUUUAAAGAAGAAUUUAAACCACUUAGUAAAGAGUUGGGAGAAGAUGGAAAGGAAGUUCUGUUAUCAAACAGGGGUAAUCUUGAUGAUAUACUAGAAUCAAAGGACCGUGAACUGACUAUUUCAGAAGAAAUGUUCUCCAAAGAUAAAACAUUUAUGGUCAGAGAAUCUCUCCAUGAUGAGAUUUUGGUAUCACGUAUGGAUGCUUCUAGACAGCUAAUGUUAAAUGAAGAACAGUUAGAAGAUAUGAGGCAGGAACUUGUACGACAAUACCAAGAACAUCAACAGGCAACGGAACUUUUAAGGCAGGCACACAUGCGGCAGAUGGAGAGACAGCGAGAAGACCAGGAACAGCUGCAAGAAGAGAUCAAGAGGCUGAAUAAACAAUUAGCCCAGAGAUCCUCAAUAGAUAAUGAAAACCUGGUUUCAGAGAGAGAGAGGGUGCUUUUAGAGGAGCUGGAAGCACUAAAGCAGCUGUCUCUAGCUGGAAGAGAGAAGCUGUGUUGUGAGCUGCGCAACAGCAGUACGCAAACACAGAAUGCAAAUGAAAACCAAGGAGAAAUUGAGGAGCAGACCUUUAAAGAAAAGGAAUUGGACAGAAAACCUGAAGAGGUGCCUCCUGAAAUUCUGUCCACUGAAAGGUAUACACUUCAGAAAGCUAAUAGCAGACUUCUGAAGAUCCUCUUAGAAGUUGUAAAGACAACAGCAGCUGUUGAAGAAACAAUUGGUCGCCAUGUCCUUGGUAUUCUAGAUAGAUCUAGUAAAGGCCAGUCAUUGACCAGCCUGAUUUGGAGGUCAGAAGCAGAGACACCAAUAAAGUCGUGUGUCCAUGAGGAGCACACAGGAGGUAAAAAUGAAUCUAAACCCUCUUAUUCUGGAAGUGAUAUACCAAGGAGUGACAGUAGCAUGUGGUCCAAAGUAACUGAGGAAGGAACGGAGCUGUCACAGCAGCUCAUGAGGAGUGGCUUUACUGGAAAUGAAAUAGACCCUGAAAAUGAAGAACUUAUGCUGAACAUUAGCUCUCGACUACAAGCGGCAGUUGAAAAACUCCUAGAAGCCAUAAGUGAAACUAGUAGUCAGCUGGAACAUGCGAAAGUUACACAGACAGAAUUGAUGUGUGAGUCAUUUAGACAGAAACAAGAAGUAACAGAGUCCCUUAAGUGCCAAGAAGAACUGCGAGAGCGCCUUCAUGAGGAGUGCAGGGCCAGAGAACAGCUGGCUGUGGAGCUCAGUAAGGCUGAAGGUGUCAUUGAUGGCUAUGCAGAUGAAAAAACGCUUUUUGAAAGGCAAAUUCAGGAAAAAAUUGAUAUAAUAGAUCGUCUUGAGCAGGAGUUGUUAUGUGCAGGUAAUAGAUUACAAGAAUUAGAAGCAGAGCAACAGCAGAUCCAAGAAGAAAGAGAAUUACUGUCGAGGCAGAAGGAAGCUAUGAAAGCUGAGGCAGGCCCAGUUGAACAGCAAUUACUACAGGAGACAGAAAAACUGAUGAAGGAAAAACUAGAGGUACAGUGUCAAGCUGAAAAAGUACGUGAUGACCUUCAAAAACAAGUGAAAGCUCUAGAAAUAGAUGUCGAGGAACAAGUCAGUAGAUUUAUAGAGCUGGAACAGGAAAAAAAUGCCGAACUAAUGGAUUUAAGACAGCAAAACCAAGCACUGGAAAAGCAGUUAGAAAAAAUGAGAAAAUUUUUAGAUGAGCAAGCCAUUGAUAGAGAACACGAGAGAGAUGUAUUCCAACAGGAAAUACAGAAACUAGAACAGCAACUUAAGGUCGUACCUCGAUUCCAGCCUAUCAGUGAACAUCAAACUAGAGAGGUUGAACAGUUAACAAAUCAUCUGAAAGAAAAAACAGACAAGUGCAGUGAGCUUUUGCUCUCUAAAGAGCAGCUUCAGAGGGAUAUACAGGAGCGUAAUGAAGAAAUUGAGAAACUGGAGUUCAGAGUAAGGGAAUUGGAGCAAGCCUUACUCAUGAGUACAGACAGUUUUCAAAAGGUAGAGGACCGAAGACAGUUUGGAUCUGUAGAAGCUAAAGCGGAAUUGUCUCUAGAAAUACAGUUGCAGGCUGAGCGAGAUGCCAUAGACAGAAAGGAAAAAGAGAUCACAAACUUAGAAGAACAGUUAGAACAGUUCAGAGAAGAACUGGAAAAUAAGAAUGAAGAAGUCCAGCAGCUACAUAUGCAAUUAGAAAUACAGAAAAAGGAAUCUACUACUCGCCUACAAGAACUUGAACAAGAAAACAAAUUAUUUAAGGAUGAAAUGGAGAAACUGGGAUUUGCCAUAAAGCAAGCUGAUCCUAUCUCUACCCAGGACCAACAUGUACUAUUUGGGAAAUUUGCUCAAAUAAUGCAGGAAAAAGAGGUAGAAAUUGACCAAUUGAAUGAGCAAAUUACAAAACUUCAGCAUCAACUUAAAAUUACAACAGAUAACAAGGUUAUUGAAGAAAAAAAUGAACUAAUAAGGGAUCUUGAAACCCAGAUAGAAUGUUUGAUGAGUGAUCAAGAACGUGUGAAGAAAAAUAGAGAAGAAGAAAUUGAGCAACUCAAUGAAGUGAUUGAAAAGCUUCAACAGGAAUUGGCAAAUAUUGAACAGAAGACAUCAGUGGUUACUGAUUCUCUCCCAGAAGAAGCAGACAGUUUAAAACAUCAGUUGGAUAUAGUAAUAGCUGAAAAACUGGCUUUGGAACAGCAAGUAGAAACCACUAAUGAAGAAAUGGCCUUGACAAAAAGUGUACUUAAAGAAACCAAUUUAAAAAUGAACCAGCUAACACAAGAAUUAUGUAGCUUAAAGAGAGAACAUGAAAAUAUGGAAAAAAUCCAUAGUAUACCAGAGAAAAGUGUUAACAUGGCUGUAGACGAUCUGAGCAGAAACAAACCUGGACUAGAAGUAGUCCUUACUGAGGGUGCUCAUAAACCCGUAGAAAAUCCGACUUACCUCAAAUCUUUUGAAGAAAACAGCAGAGUUUCCAUAAGCAGUUUGCAAACACAGGUGCUACAACUUGAGAGCACUGUGAGUGCAAAGGACUUAGAACUUACCCAAUGUCAUAAACAAAUAAAGGACCUACAGGAGCAAGGCCAGUCUGAAAAAGAAGCACUGAAAAAGAAGAUGGCAAACCUGCAAAAUAUACUUGAGGAAAAGGUGGCUGUUGCUCUUGUGAGUCAGGUCCAACUCGAAGCAGUUAAAGAAUAUGUAAAAUUCUGUCAAGAUAAACAAGCAGUUUCACCAGAACCUGGAGGAACAAAUACACAGAAUUUAAACCAACUAACAGAAAAUGAGGUGGAGUCAAAUGUGUCAGCACUGACCUUGAGAAUAUCAGAAUUAGAAAGCCAGGUGGUUGAAAUGCAGGUAGAAACUGCAGAAAAAAAUGCUUUGGAAAAAGAAAAGAAGCUACUAGAACUACAGAAGCUUUUGGAGGACAAUGAGAUAAAACAGGGAAGCAAAGAAAGGAAAAGAAGCCCUCUAGGAGAUUUUGAAGUUCUCAAGACAACUACUGAGCUGAUUCAUACCAGUGAAGAAAAUGAAUUUUUUGGUCGAUUUGAGACUCUUACAGCUGAGUCAGCAGCUACCAAAGAAGAACUUGCCAGUUAUAAAGAGAAGGCAGAAAAACUUCAAGAAGAGCUUUUGGUAAAAGAAACAAAUAUGGCAUUUCUCCAGAAAGAUUUAAGCCAAGUUAGGGAUCAACUCAAAAAGGCAGAAGAGAGAUUAUCCUACUUCUUAGAAAAAGAAGAUAAUACCAAGGUACAAGAAAACAGAAAGUUCUGCACGUUAGAGCCACUUCCUAUAGAAGUGGGUAAAAGCUCUGCAUCACAUGGUACUCUCAAGGUCAACAGCAGCAGUCAGACUCCACAAAUUCUUGUUAGAAAUGCAGGAAUCCAAAUUGAUUUACGGAGUGAAUGUUCAUCAGAGGAAGUCACUGAAGUAAUUAAUCAGUUUACUGAAAAAAUUGAGCAGAUGCAAGAACUACAUGCUGCUGAGAUUCUGGAUAUGGAAUCCAGACAUAUUUCAGAAACUGAAACCUUAAAGAGAGAUCACUAUGUUGCUGUUCAGUUACUGACAGAGGAAUGUGGUACCUUGAAGUCAGUGAUACAGUGUCUGAGAUCUAAAGAGGGCUCCUCAGUUCCUGAAUUAACACAUUCUGAUGCUUACCAAAGUAGAGAAAUAUGUUCCAGUGAUUCUGGAUCAGACUGGGGUCAGGGAAUUUAUCUUAUACAAAGUCAGGGAUUUGACACAGCAUCAGAAGGCCGAGGCGAAGAAGGUGAAAGUUCAACAGAUUCAUUUCCAAAGAAAAUAAAGGGAUUACUGAGAGCUGUCCAUAAUGAAGGCAUGCAGGUGCUCUCUCUUACUGAGUCUCCCUGUAGUGACGGAGAAGACCAUUCUGUUCAGCAAGCUUCAGAAUCUUGGCUGGAAGAGAGAAGAGCUUACCUCAGUACAAUCUCAUCUCUUAAGGAUUUGAUUACCAAAAUGCAAAUGCAAAGGGAAGCCAAGGUUUAUGAUAGUUCUCAAUCUCACGAGAGCUCCUCUGACUGGCGAGGUGAACUUCUGCUUGCUCUUCAGCAGGUUUUCUUAAAGGAGCACGGUGUUUUACUAGCUGCAUUUCAGACUGAGCUGACAGCUCUAGGUACUAGAGAUGCAGUUGAAUUAUUAAACUGUUUGGAACAGAGAAUACAAGAACAGGGUAUUGAAUAUCGAGCAGCCAUGGAAUGCCUCCAGAAAGCAGAUAGAAGGAGUUUGUUAGCUGAAAUUCAAGCGCUGCAUGCUCAGAUGAAUGGUAAGAAAAUGACUCUGAAAAGAGAACAAGAGAAUGAUCAACCAAGCCAAGAACUCUUGGAAUGUAAUAUGCAGCAGAAGCAGUCUCAAAUGCUGGAGAUGCAAGUGGAGCUCAGCAGUGUGAAAGACAGAGCAACAGAACUUCAGGAACAGCUGAGUUCUGAGAAAAUGGUGGUUGCUGAACUGAAAAGUGAACUUGCACAAGCUAAACUGGAACUAGAAACAACACUCAAGGCACAGCAUAAACACCUAAAGGAAUUAGAGGCAUUCAGGUUGGAAGUUAAAGAUAAAACGGAUGAAGUACAUUUGCUUAAUGACACAUUAGCAAGUGAACAGAAAAAGUCCAGAGAGCUCCAGUGGGCUUUGGAGAAAGAGAAAGCCAAGCUGGGACGCAGUGAAGAGCGGGAUAAAGAAGAACUUGAGGAUCUGAAAUUUUCACUUGAGGGUCAGAAACAAAGGAAUAUUCAGCUAAAUCAACUUUUGGAACAACAGAAACAACAGCUAAAUGAAUCACAGCAGAAAAUAGAAUCACAAAGAGUGCUACAUGAUGCCCAGUUAUCCGAAGAACGAGGUCGAAACUUGGAGCUUCAAGUACUUCUUGAAUCUGAGAAAGUUCGAAUUCGGGAAAUGAGCAGUACCCUGGAUAGGGAACGGGAAUUACAUGCACAACUACAGAGCAGUGAUGAUAGUGGGCAGUCUCGGCCAUCCUUACCCUCUGAGGACCUCCUUAAAGAGCUUCAGAAACAGCUAGAGGAGAAACACAGUCGCAUAGUAGAAUUGUUAAAUGAGACUGAGAAAUAUAAACUGGAUUCUUUGCAAACAAGACAGCAAAUGGAAAAGGAUAGGCAGGUUCACAGGAAGACGUUGCAGACAGAACAAGAGGCCAACACUGAGGGACAGAAAAAAAUGUAUGAGCUUCAAUCCAAAGUGGAAGAUCUUCAGCGCCAACUGGAAGAGAAAAGGCAACAAGUUUAUAAGUUAGACCUUGAAGGAAAACGACUGCAAGGAAUUAUGCAGGAAUUCCAAAAGCAGGAACGAGAACGAGAAGAAAAACGAGAAGGUAGAAGAAUUCUGUAUCAGAAUCUUAAUGAGCCAACCACUUGGAGUUUAACCAAUGAUCGAACCAGAAAUUGGGUGCUUCAACAGAAAAUAGGAGAGACAAAGGAAUCAACCUAUCCUAAAAUGAUUGAAAUGAAUGGAGGAGGAGCUGGCUAUAAUCAUGAAUUAGAAAUGAUCAGACAAAAACUUCAACGUGUGGCUUCAAAACUACAGCAUCUAGCCCAGAAAGCCUCCAAUAGACUACAGUUUGAAACAGCAGAUGAUGAAGAUUUUGUUUGGGUUCAGGAAAAUAUUGAUGGAAUUGUUUUACAACUACAAAAAUUAACUGGCCAGCCAGGUGAAGAGCCUACCUUAAGGUCCCCAAGUACUUCUUGUGGCUCAUUAACUGAAAGACUACUAAGACAAAAUACUGAGCUGACAGGACAUAUCAGCCAACUGACUGAAGAAAAGAAUGAUUUAAGAAACAUGGUUAUGAAGCUGGAGGAGCAGAUCAGGUGUUACCGACAGACAGGAGCUGGCAGAGAUUAUUCUUCUAGGUUUUCAUUCAGUGGUGGCCCCAACAUUGAAGCCAUCAUUGCUUCAGAAAAAGAAGUCUGGAACAGAGAAAAGUUGACUCUCCAAAAAUCCUUGAAACGGGCAGAAGCUGAAGUAUACAAACUAAAAGCUGAACUAAGAAAUGAAGCUUUACUUCAAAAUCUGAGCCCUGACUCUGAGCAUGCCACUGUAAAGAGAAUUUAUGGCAAAUACCUGAGGGCAGAAAGUUUUCGGAAAGCUCUCAUUUAUCAAAAGAAAUACCUGCUUCUGUUACUGGGUGGGUUCCAGGAAUGUGAGGAUGCCACCCUGGCUCUGCUUGCCCGAAUGGGGGGACAUCCGGCCUUCACGGAUCUAGAGGUGAUCACCAACCGUCCAAAGGGCUUCACCAGGUUUCGGUCAGCUGUCAGAGUGUCCAUGGCAAUUUCGAGAAUGAAAUUUUUGGUUCGACGGUGGCAUCGAGUCACAAGUUCUGGUUCCAUCAAUAUUAACAGGGAUGGCUUUGGAUUGAAUCCAGGUGCCGAAAAGACUGACCCAUUUUAUCAUUCUUCUGGUGGGCUGGAGCUAUAUGGAGAACCAAGACAUAGUACAUAUCGCUCAAGAUCAGAUCUGGACUAUCCAAGGUCUCCUUUACCAUUUCAAAAUAGGUACCCAGGUCCUCCAGCUGAUUUAAAUCCUGGUUCCUUAGCAUGUUCUCAGCUUCAGAAUUAUGAUCCUGACAGAGCCCUGACAGAUUAUAUCACUCGGCUAGAGGCACUGCAGAGAAGACUUGGAACUGUACAGUCAGGUUCAACUCAGUUUCAUGCUGGCAUGAGAAGAUAAUCCUUUGAAACAUCAUGAAUCAAAGUGAUUUUAAACAAAUUCCCUUUUGUAAAUCAGUGGUUCUUUUGUGCUUUUGUAUUGUGGAUUUUCAGUGGGACCAGUCUGAACACAGCUUAUGAUUGUAUACAAAUCCCUUGCCAGCACAUGAAAACAAACUGGAAUUUGUACAUAUAAGCAUUGUGUAUGUAUUCAUGCACAAUAAUCAUUAAAUUACAUGUAUAUUUGUGGAAUGCUAAUUUAAAUGAUUAAAUUAUAAACCUUGUGUAUUUAUCAAAUGGGUGAAAAGAUUAAACUUUUGGCAUUA